UUCCAAUGUGAAAUGGCUGUUUAUACUCGUGUUGUACUAAAUUCUUUUUUUAAUGGAUUAAAUGAUAAGAGACAGAUUUAUAGAUGAGACUUGAUUUCCAAAUUCAAAAACUAAACUAAGUCCAAUUAACUGUUCCCCAUCAAUGUUCCUUUUAACUGCCUGGGGCAGGAAUUUCUUCCAUGGGCUCAUGCAUUAAGCUUUAAGAAAUCACUACUUUUUAAAAAAUUCAUAAACUUAUUGCUUGUAGACAAUGUAAGACAGUGCUCUGUGUGUGUGUGAAAAGUGGGUUAAAAUCAGCUUGGGAUACGGUAAGAAGCACCGAUAGAGCUGGGCUAUGAUGUAAUCCUCAGAGCUGAGGUUGGCCAAUAAAGAAAGGAAAAGCUGCAGACAGACAGACAAAAUAGGUUUGGUUUAAGAGCACAAAUGCCCCAACUCCGCAAAGCCUGAAACCAAAGGCAAAACACUUCAUGCAAGGAAGCAUUUAAAGUCUUCUCUGAAACCUAAAUGCCUGAGCUACUUGUGUGGAACUAAUGGCUAAUCAUGUCAAUGACAUUCAAGAGAUGGAAGAAAGCUUGCCAGCACUCCCACUGCUGCAGGCUGGACAGACUUACGUUAGUGGUACGAGACACACACCCAGGGAGAGGCCUCUGUUCUCCACCAGGAGAGCAGCAAUGGACCCUGGCUGAGACACCUGGAAGCAGGACCAGCUAGAAUGCAAGGAUGAUUAGUGAAGAAACACUACGGCCACUUCAAGAUGACAAGCCCACACUGGACUAAAUUGUUUCACUGAAACAAAACCUUCUAUCAAAAAAAGAAAAAAAUUAAGGACUCACCUCCAGAAGUUACACGAUGAUCAAUUCCACCACCACACAGCCUCCAGAGGAGUCCUGCUCCCAGAAUAUCCUCAUCACUCAGCAGAUCAUUCCUGUGCUGUACUUUGUGGUCUUCGUUGCAGGGACCCUUCUCAACGGUGUAUCUGGAUGGAUAUUCUUCUACGUGGCCAGCUCCAAGAGUUUCAUCAUCUAUCUCAAGAACAUUGUUGUUGCCGACUUUCUGAUGAGCCUGACCUUCCCCUUCAAGAUUCUUGCUGAUUCGGGACUCGGGCCGUGGCAGAUCAAUGUGUUUGUGUGCAGGGUGUCUGCUGUGCUCUUCUAUGUCAACAUGUACGUCAGCAUCGUGUUCUUUGGGCUCAUCAGUUUCGACAGAUACUAUAAAAUUGUAAAGCCUCUUUUGACUUCUUUCAUCCAUUCAGUAAAUUACAGCAAACUCCUGUCAGUGGUGGUCUGGAUGCUCAUGCUCCUUCUGGCUGUCCCCAACAUUAUCCUGACCAACCAGAAUGCUACUAGCGGGAAGGUGACGCAUAUAAAAUGUGUGAAACUUAAAAAUGAACUGGGACUUAAGUGGCACAAAGCAUCAAACUACAUCUUUGUGGGCAUCUUCUGGAUUGUGUUUUUUCUGUUGAUCAUUUUCUAUACUGCCAUCACGAGGAAAAUCUUCAAGUCCCACCUUAAGUCCAGAAGGAAUUCCAUUUCAGUCAAGAAGAAAUCUAGCCGCAAUAUAUUCAGCAUCAUGUUCGUGUUUUUUGUCUGUUUUGUACCUUACCACAUUGCCAGAAUCCCCUACACACAGAGCCAGACAGAAGCUCAUUACAGCUGCCAGUCAAAAGAAAUUUUGCUCUAUGUAAAAGAAUUCACUCUGCUACUAUCGGCUGCAAACGUAUGCCUAGAUCCUAUUAUUUAUUUCUUUCUAUGCCAGCCAUUUAGAGAAAUAUUAUGUAAGAAACUGCACAUCCCAUUAAAAGCUCAGCAUGACUCAGAAACUUCCAGAACCAAAAGAGGAAAUAUAACGCAUGAAAGCACAGACACUUUGUGAAUUCCCACCUCCUUUCAAAUAAAAUACAUGUACACAUAUUGCAAUCUUCAGUUACAUAAGACUAAGUAAGAAACAUGUCCAUGCUCUGGGGCGCCUGGAUGGCUCAGUGGGUUAAAGCCUCUGCCGUCGGCUCAGGUCAUGAU